AUGGCGCCCCAAGGUACCCUCCCAGGGGCGAUGGUGCCCCCAGCAACUCUCCUUAGGGACAUCGACGCCCCAGGAGGCCCUCCCAGGGAUGGUAGCGCUCCCAGAAGCCUCUCAAGGGCGACGACGCCCCCAGAGGACUUCCCCGCGUCGUGCUUUACCCUAGGGGCCCUCCUAGCGGCGUCAACGCUCACAAGGGCCCUCCAUAGAGGUGCCAGUGCCCCCACUGGACCUCCCAGAACUCCGGUGCCCCUAAGGGUCCUCCCAGAGGUUGCGGCGCUCCCAGUGGCGGCGGGGGCCUUCCAAGUGGGGGGUCCUCCCAAGGGUGGCAGCGUCCCCAAAGGCCCUCCCAAGGGCGGUGAUGACCACAGAGGCCCUGCCAAGGGCAGCGGCUACCCAAGAGGCCCUCCCAGUGGAGGCGGUGCCCCUGGAGGCCCUCCCGGUGGCAGUUGCUCCCACAGAGGCCUUGCCAGAGGCUGCGGUGCCCCCUGGAGCCCUUCCAAGGCGGUGUCAUCAGAGGCCCUCCUAGAGGCAGUGCCCCCUCCCCGUCAGGGGCCCUUCCAGGAGCAGUAA